AUGGAGCACCCGAGCAAGAUGGAGUUCUUCCAGAAGCUGGGCUACAGCCAGGAGGACGUGGCCAGGGUGCUGGGCAAGCUGGGUGAUGGCGCUCUGGUCAACGACGUGCUGCAGGAGCUGAUCCGGACGGGCAGCCGCCCUGGGGCCCAGGAGAGCCAGUCUGUGCCCCUGCUUGUCCCCCGGGGCUCCUGUGGGGCCCCAGACUCUGCUCAGUGGGGCCUAGGGCCAGCUCCGGAAGAGAACUGUGGAGACCCCGCCAGUUCCCUGCGUCCCAUCGUGAUUGAUGGCAGCAACGUGGCGAUGAGCCACGGAAAUAAAGAAGUCUUCUCUUGCCGGGGAAUCCAGCUGGCUGUGGACUGGUUCAGGGACAGAGGACACACCUUCAUCAAGGUUUUUGUCCCCUCCUGGAGGAAAGAGCCAUCAAGAUCAGAUACCCCCAUCAGAGAGCAGCACGUGCUGGAGCAGCUGGAGCGGCAGGCCGUGCUGGUCUACACCCCGUCACGCAAGGUGCACGGCAAGCGGGUGGUCUGCUACGAUGACCGCUACAUCGUGAAGGUGGCCUACGAGCAGGACGGUGUCAUCGUCUCCAACGACAACUACCGCGACCUGCAGAGUGAGAACCCGGAGUGGAAGUGGUUCAUUGAGCAACGGCUGCUCAUGUUCUCCUUCGUCAAUGACCGGUUCAUGCCUCCUGAUGACCCUCUGGGCCGCCACGGACCCACCCUGAGCAAUUUCCUGAGCAGGAAGCCCAGGCCCCCAGAACCAUCCUGGCAGCACUGCCCCUACGGCAAGAAAUGCACCUACGGCAUCAAGUGCAAGUUCUACCAUCCCGAAAGGUCGCACCACGCGCAGCUGGCGGUGGCUGACGAGCUCCGGUCCAAGACCAGGGCCUGGCCGGGCGGGGGCGCGCCGGAGCGGCGGCCGUCGAGCGCCCGGGGUGGCCCCGCAGCGGCCGCACUGGCUCUGCGCGAGCCCGGCGCGCACAGCCUCCAGCCUGCGCGGCUGCCCGCGGACCUGGCCGCCCUGCAAGGGAGCUUCUCGCUCCUGACCAUCGGCGAUGGCCAGGGGCCCCUGGGGCCGCGCCCCCCGGGAUCCGCGCCUCGGCUGCGCAGGCCCGACUGGGUCACUGCCGUCCCACGGCCGCCCUGCCUCGGGGCGCGGGUACCGGCCCUGCCCGGCCUUCCGAGCCCGCAGGGCGCGUUCGCGCUGGGAGACCUCCCGCCCCGGCCCGGGCCGCAGCUCCAGCCGCGGGGCGGGCUCUGCGCCAGGGACCUGCCCGGCGACCCGUGGACUCGCCAGCCCAGCUCCGACCGCUUCCCGGGCCUUUCGGCCUGGGCGGAGCCGGCCUGGGGCGACCGCACCUGUGACUGCGAGGAGCACACGCGCGCUCGGGCGCGCCCCGCGCUCUGCUCCGUCUUCCCACCAGACCAGGUGGACAGCGCCAUGGCUGCGUUCCCCGCCCUCUCCGACCCCGCCGGCCUCUUCCUGCUCCUGCAGAGAUCUCAGAGGGCGGGCGCGCAGCCGGGAACGCCCUGA